UACGGCAAUACCACCCGUGCCGCCGCGUACUAGAGUAUAGAAUAGAUGGGGUCGUCGGAGCGUCACGGUGGCAGCGAGAGCGAGGCGAGGUGGUGUGCGGUGACCGGCGGCCGGGGAUUCAUGGCGAGGCACCUGGUGGCCGCCUUGCUCCGCUCCGGUGAGUGGCGCGUCCGGGUCACUGACCUCGCCUCUACCGUUGUGCUCGGCCCUGGCGAGAUGGAAGGGCUCUUGGGCGAUGCUCUCCGUGAUGGCCGGGCCGUCUAUGCGUCAGUGGAUGUCUGCAACCUAGAGCAGCUUACAAAAGCCUUUGAAGGGGUAGAUGUUGUUUUCCACACAGCCGCUGCGGAUCCUAGCAAAAAUGACUUGCAACUUCACCACAAGGUUAACGUGGAGGGAACGAAGAAUGUAAUUGAUGCUUGCAGGAUAUGCAAGGUCAAAAGGCUUAUACACACCAGUUCUUGUUGUGUUGUGUUUGAUGGCAUUCAUGGACUUUUUGAUGUAAAUGAGUCAUUGCCAUACCCAGAUAAGUUUUCUGAUGCAUAUGCACAAACAAAGGCAGAAGCAGAGAAGUUAGUCAUCAAGGCCAAUUGCACUAAUGGCCUUCUAACGUGUUGCUUACGUCCUGGUGCCAUAUUUGGCCUAGGUGACAUAGUGAUACCAAAUCUGGAUCGUUAUGCAUGGAUGCGUCGUGUUACAUUUGGUGAUGGGAAGAAUUGUGAGGAUUUUGUGUAUGUUGAAAAUGUUGUACAUGGUCAUCUUUGUGCUAAUAAGACUCUUGCUACUAUUGAAGGUGCAAGAACUAGUGGAGGAAAAGCAUACUUUAUAACUAAUAUGGAGCCAAUGAAUAUGUGGGACUUCCUAGACACUGUUCAAGAAGAGCUUGGAUACAAAAGAAUGUCCAAGAUAAGGAUACCUACAAUUAUUAUCAAGCCAGCAAGCUAUUUAAUAGACUGGGCAUAUAGGGUUGUUUUCUCUCAUUUUGGAAUUUCCCAGCCUCAGGUGCUAACACCGACAAGGAUUAGAUACAUAACACUCAAUAGAACAUAUAGUUGUAACAAAGCUGUUGAAGAACUUGGCUACAAACCUAUUGUGACACUGCAGGAUGGUUUAAAGAAAGCAGUAAAAUUGUAUAUUCAAUUGAGGAAUAAAGAUUUUUCUAAGAAAGAGUAAGUUGUGAUGUAAGACAACUCUACACAAAAUGUCAUGAGCCAAAGCCAGAGGUGAUGAUGUCUCCAUUAAUAAAAUCGCAUAUUUGUAUUCUUUGUCAUAUUAAGGAAAGCUAUGUAAUGGACUGUAAAUUAGUUCUAGUAAGGAUCAACUACAAUGCUCUAAUGGUUAGGCAUGUGUUUAUGCAAUCUUCAAUGCAGAUGAUAUUGUAUUUUCUUUUAUGUUCCUCUCAUCAUGUGAAAUGUGA